CGCAACUCCCCCGGCUCCGGCGCCCCUGCCUGGUCCCGGGCUCCGCUGCUCCCGGGGGUGGGUCCGGGCCCUGGGCGGAGCCGCUGCCGGGCGCUGGAAUGUGCGGAAUGGGGAGAGCGGAGAGCCCGGGGCUGGCGGGGACCUGCCGGGGCUGGAGGGAGCCGGAGCCGCGCACGGGACCCUCAAGCGCAGCGCUGCGCCCCAACCGCUCAGGAGGAAGCAUCUCUGCGGGGGGUUGACGUGAGCCCUGGAGGGUGGAGACCCAGUGGUGAAUGGUCCUAGAGGGUUGGAUGCCCUGUCAGACUGGGAAUCCCCUCACAUGAGGCCCCGGAGUUGCCUGAGCGCAGACUCGUAUCGAACGGCCCCGUCCCCUGUGCUGAGGACUCUUGCACGCCAGCCGGUUGGAGCUGCACCACGGGGCCUGCUCGCUGGGCUGGAACUCUUCCGGCCUGCCGGGGUCACGGGGUGCUGGCAGGCUCCCAGUGCCGCUGACUCAGAGCCCAGGCAUCCCAAGGUGUGUUUGGCGUCUGAUAACCUGCCUAGGCAAGGAGCUGCGUGAACCGGAAGGAACCGCCCUGAGCAGACAGUCCGGAGGAACCACCACUGGGACAGGAGGAUCUGAUCCCGAGGACUAGACUCCUCCGGAUCCAGGAGGCCUGAGCAGACAUGACCAUGGAGCUCGCCAAGGAAAAGCUCAGGAAGGAGCUGGAGGAGGAGCUGAAGCUCAGCAUGGACGAGCUGCGGAGCCACGCGUGGUACCACGGCUGCCUGCCGCGGGAGGAGGCCAAGUCCCUGCUGGGGGAGGACGGGGAUUUCCUGAUCCGGGACUCAGGCUCCAGCCAGGGGGACUAUGUGCUGUCCUGCCGCUGGCGGGGCGAGACCCUGCACUUCAAGAUCAUCCGGGUGGUGCUGCGCCCUCGCCUGGGCUACUCCCGCACCCUCUUCCAGUUUGAGCAGGACCAGUUUGACAACGUGCCGGCCCUGGUGCGCUUCUACGUGGGCAACUCCAAGCCCGUCUCAGAGACCUCGGGCGCCGUGGUCUCUCGGCCCGUCAACCGGGACGUGCCGCUGCGCUGGCUGCAAGAGCGCUACGGGGCCACCGGCCAGCCCCGUCUGGAUGAGCAGGAGCUGGCCAAGGGGGGAGCGGCUCCUGCUCACAGACUCGGCAUCCACAGACUCACCGCUGGGGAGAUGCUGGCAGAGGGGAACAUGCUCCGGGUGAAAGACAGGAGCGGGAGCCAGCCCACCGGGCUGGAUCAGCUGGGACGGCUCCCCCCGCUCUACACGGCGCAGUCAGACAGUAACCUGCGGACAGGCAGCCCGGAAGCUCCAGCCGGCACCCAGGAACGGAGCGAGCUCCCGCCCCCCUCGCCCCUCUUCCGCACUGGCAGCGACCCCAUGCUGCAGCCCACCGCCUCCCGGUCCCUGGACCCCGAGGGGGGUGCAGCCCUGAGAGGCUCAGAGGGGCAGCUGCACUCCAAGGCUCCCCCUAAGCCCCUGCGGGUCCCUUCCAUGCUGGUGGCCGACGCCUCCCAGGAGCAGCCCAGCACCUACUGCGAGCUGGUGCCCAAAGCCCCGGCUGGCCUGCGGAGCCACGUGGCUCGGCUACACACCGAGGAGAAGUGGCGUGGCCGGGCCCGGGUCACGGACACGGCCUUCGGCUUCCUCGAGGACGAGGAGGUGCCGCUCCCCCAGCCACGCCACUACGAGGAGGAGAUGGGGGACUUUGUGCGCCCCCUACUGGAGACAGCCUCCUCCUUCCAGCCCCACAGCUUCCCCUCGCUCCUCCUGCCCCCCGACAACAAGCCCCUGGAGCCCAGUGCCCUCAAACGGCUCAAGGACCUCUUCACCCGGCAUGACUGCCGGACCAUGGCCCUGCAUGUCCUCUACAUGGACUGUCUGGUUGGCAGGAUCACCAGGGUGCCCAGGGAGCAGCAGCAAGCGAUGGGGGUAAGCUCGGGUCUGGAGCUGAUCACCCUGCCUCACGGGCACCAGCUGCGCCUGGACCUGUUGGAAAGGCACCAUCUCAUUGCCCUGGGCAUCGCGGUGGACAUCCUGGGCUGUACAGGGGGUGUGGAGGAGCGAGCUGCCACCCUGCACAAGAUCGUCCAGCUGGCCAUGGAGCUAAAGGGCUUGGCCGGGGACCUGUUUGCUCUGUCGGCCGUGAUGAAGGGCCUGCAGCUGCCCCAGAUUGCGCGGCUGGAUCAGACGUGGCAGAAGCUGCGGCAGAGCCACACCGAGAGCGCCAUCGCCUUCGAGAAGGACCUCAAGCCCUUCGUGAAACGUCUCAACCGGGGGGAAGGGAACUCCUCCCCCGGAGAAGUUGCCGUCCCUCACCUCCUGCCUCUCAUCAGUCUCAUGGAAGGGGAGCAGCUCUGGGAUGACCAUGAGGAGAGCUGCGACCUCCUCUUACGGACGCUGGAGUCCGCCCGCUCCAUCGCCACCAGCGCCGGGGCCUACAAAGCCACUGCAGAGGCCAAGCUCCAAGGAUUCCAAGCCACGCCGGAGCUCCUUGAAGCUUUCCAAACCGAGUUCGCGCUCCGCUUAUUCUGGGGCAGCAAAGGAGCGGCCGCGGACCGGGCCGAGCGCUACAGGAAAUUUGACGCCAUCCUCACGGUGCUGUCCCAGAAACUAGAACCAGUGAGGAAAAUGGAGCCCUGAGCUUCCUCCACCGCCAUGGCACGGCCCACGAACAAUGGCUUGCAGAGCCAAGACAGGAUGAAGGAGCGAGAGCGCCCCACUGCCUGGAGAUCUCGCCGCUAGCCUGGCCACCAGUGCCGGUAGCAGGAUGGGGGCAGGGGAACUAGCCCAAGCACAAAAGCCUUCUGGGCCACACCGGUGCAGAGGAUGGGGGAAUACAGAGAUUUCAGCGGCUUGCGCCCGUGCAAUAUUCUACCAGCGCCCCGCUGCUGGAGGCGGCUGCUCCGUGUACAGAACCUUGCGGGAGCGAGAAGGAUUGGUAGACCCAUUGCACCCACGAGCCUACGGCUUUUUAAAUGCAAAAUGCCACUGCAGCUGUAGCUUCCCCCGUCUCUUUGCCAGCGUGGGAGGGUGUGAGAUGGUGAAAGGGAGCAAAGGGGAUUCCCCCUCCCAGCAAAGUUGUGGGGGUAGCUGUAGCAACAGCAAUAAACCAAAGCCUUCCAGCUAGUUUUGAUAACUGCUGCAAAGGGUUGCUCCAGGCACUGGGGUGCCUGCAGUUAUGCAUGGGAGGCGAUGUGGGGCUCUGGCAUCGAGGGCUAAGUUGCAGCCUGCGGCAAGUUGGAGUGGUGCAGGAGGAGCAGGGCUAGAACUCUCAGCCUGGGGCUUGAGGGCUGUUGCCUUUCCCAGGACAGGGCAGGGUGGUAGACAACCAUUAGGCCCCUUCACCCCCCCUUCAGGGGGAUCCACGCCCUGCCCCCUUAGAAUGACCACUGGAGGCUUAAAGGAAGUUAAAAAUCUCUGCCUCUGCCCCUGCCCCCUUCUCCCCUGAAAUGAAGCAGUUUUGUGCUGUCCUCAAUGCAUUAGGGGAGCUCCAGAGGUGAAGAAUUGCCUAAUGGUUACAGCAGGAGACACCAGGGUUCUGCAGCCAGUUCUGGCAGGAAGCACGCAGCAGCAGCAGGAUCAGAAGGGAUGAAGACCCAGGAGAGGCUGGCCAGGAGUUAGACUAGGUCGCUCAUAGUGUCCCCACCCCAAGCCCAACACUCUCCUCAGCCGAGGGCAGUGGGGAAGUGAAACCUGCCAAUGCACCACAGAGGGGAACAGUCUGAGCCAGGCUGUGGUGUCCCACCCGCGUCUAUGGUCAUGUGAGGGGAACUAGCUUGAGUUGGUGCCUGUCCAAUGCCCCAAGGGGAGCUGGCCAGGAGGGAUAUGCCCAUGAGAGCCUAAGCUAGGAAUUUAAACGAGAGUAGUUACAAGGGGGCUUAGCCCUGUGUGGAUGCUCUGAGCUCAGGCUAAGCCCUUGUCUAUUGGGGCAGCCAUACCACACUAAGUGAGGGUGUGAAUUUAAGGCCCCUGCUCUGAGUAAGCCAAUGCCCACUCCAACUCAGCUAAACUGCUGUUCCAUUCCUGGGGUCCCCCUCUUCCCCCCAUCCACUGUGGAGUAAGAAAGGGGGUGGCUAGAGACAGCACAAGCGUGACUGGGCCCCUGCUCUACUCUAGCAGAAAUUAGCAAUUUAAAUGUUGUCUCUAACACCCUAUUGAGAACUUCCCAAUGGAAGUAAAAGUACCAUGGCCCUGAUGGGGAAACUGAGACAGGCCUAUGGUCACACAGCAAAAUCAAUGGAAGGCAAAGAUAGGACUCCUUACCUACUUGAACCCAUGCCCCUCCCACAGCUGAGAAUAGAAGCCAGGAGUCCUGACUCCCAGUCCCCCCUCCUCCCCCCGGGCCUAGCCCUGCUAAUAGAACCCAGGAGUCCUGAUGGCCAAUCCCCCCUACUCUAAACCCACUAGCACCCUGUGAGGCCACCUGUGUUACAGUCUGCCACUGUGCAGCUGGGGGGUUGUCACUGCCUCUGUGCCUCAGUUUCCCCAAGUGAAAAACAGGGAUAAUCGUUCCUUAGCUCUGUCCUCACUGCAAAACCAGGAUGCAUUUCUACUGCCGGGUAGCCGUAGGAGGGUUGUACAUCGCAUUAGCAGACAGGGUAAUUGACCGCGCCCGAGGUAAUCCAGAACAACCCUCCAAAGCUGGGGCUGGCCUCAACUAGCUCCAUAACAUUUAAAAGCUUCCCAGACCACAUUCCCAUCCAGGCUCUCCAGCACAUGAGCAAAAAAGAAGUGCCCUUAACUCGUUAGCCAACACACUGGCACAAGGCGGAGUUCCAGGGAGAAGCGGGCGUAGCCUCAAGGAAACCUUAAGCCCCUCCAGAGUUUGUAGCUGGACCUGCUAGCGCCUGUCAACACUACACCCUGCCUCGGCCACACGAGAGCGUCCUCACCUGUAUUAGAAUCCCUCAGGGUUUGUCUUCGCAGUACAGCUGCUGGGAUAAGUCACUAUAACUACAUUGCUCAGGGGUGUGGAUUUUUCACACCCCCUAUAUCAACAGAAGGGGUGUGGUAUAGACCUCACGUUAGUGAGGACGAGGACCAGAUGUCUGGCCCCCAGGCCACCACAAUGGGGCCCUGCUCUCCUGCUGGGGGGGGGGGGGGGCUUCAUGACGGUAACAUACACAACUAGCCGCACCCCUCUCCCUAAGAGCAGGGUGGUCUAGGUGGCGCCGGAAUACGGACGAACGGCUCUGCUCCCCUCCCACGGCCGAAAUAAACCAAGGCCACAGAGUCUGUAUUGUUUUUAUAAACGUCUUAAAAACUGCACUGGGGGGGGGGGGAGGGGGGAGAGAGAGAAAUCAACUAUUUACAUAAAGUGUAAAAGGCACCAGGUUGCAGCGGAAAUACAUUCUAUGGCUCAGGCGCCACGGGCUCUGGCACAGCGACCCCCCCCCCCCCGCAGACCCACUUCUCAGAACUGGAGGGGAGACAGGAUCUGCCCCUUCCCUCCCCCAUAGGGUGAACAGACGCCAAGACAACUGGGACAUUUACACUUAUGUUACGGGUUAACUGAGGCAUAGGCUAAAACGAGCAGUAAUUGGUCACUGUAUAAAAGGCUAAUAUAUUAGAGUCCUCUAAAAAAAAAAAUUAUUACACACAAGGGGUGGGCUGCAGUGUGGACCCCUGGGCUCCCACCAACAAGAUCAGCCUCCCCCGCCCCCCAGGGG